UGUUGCAUCGCGCAACCCCUUCUUUCUUGGUUUGGAGUCCAGGAGAGGCGGAUCCAAGAGGCCUCUUCCCUCGCAGCCCCCUGCAGUUCCCGGGGGGCGCGAGAGAUGGCGAAACAGAGCGGCGCGGCCCGAAGGGAGAACGCGAGGCCCUACGCGGCCUCAAGGGGGUGGGGACCUGGGGGCUCGAGCCCGGGCUCUGACGUAGGGGGCGGGGCCGGAGACCAUGACGCGCGGAGGCGGGGCUGCGCACCUUCCCGGCCCGGCCGGCGAUUCAUUCAAAAGGCGCGCAGCCUGCGCGGCUGCCGGUGCGCUCGCGGAGCCGGGCCCGGCCUGCCAGUCUGCCGAGGGGUUGAGCGGCUGGAGCUGCUGCUGGGCGGUCAGGCUGGUGACUCCUGGGGCCCGAGGAUGAAGCUGAGCCUGCCACACUGGCCCCUGUCCUGCCUUUUUGUGCUGCUGCGCUGGCCUCUGGCCACUCCAACAUCAAGGACCCUUUGGCGGUGCCCACCUGGGGAGGAGCCCAGCCUGGACCUGGGGCAGGGCACAUUAUGCAGGUCCUGUCCCCCCGGCACUUUCUCUGCUUCAUGGGGCCCUGGCCCGUGCCAGCCCCACGCUCGCUGCAGCCCUCGAGGGAGGCUGGAGGCCCAGGCAGGCACAGCGACUCGAGACACCCUAUGUGGAGACUGCCAGCCUGGGUGGUUUGCCGCUUCAGGGGUCCCCCUUGUCUCCUGUCAGCCGUGCUCCUGGACACCUCUGGGUACUCGCAGCUGUUAUGAGCGGGGACGACGGGCCCGACGUGGUGUGGAGGUGGCAGCAGGGGCCAGCAGCGCUGGGGAUACGCGGCAGCUUGGGAAUGGCACGCGGGCAGGUGGCCCUGAGGAGACAGCUGCCCAGUAUGCGGUUAUUGCCAUCGUGCCUGUCUUCUGCCUCAUGGGGCUGCUGGGCAUCCUGGUGUGCAACCUGCUCAAGCGGAAAGGCUACCACUGCACGGCCCACAAGGAGGUUGGGCCCGGCCCUGGAGGUGGAGGCAGCGGGAUCAACCCCGCCUACCGGGCUGAGGACGCCAAUGAGGACACCAUUGGGGUCCUAGUACGCCUGAUCACCGAGAAGAAAGAGAAUGCCGCGGCCCUGGAGGAGCUGCUGAAGGAGUAUCACAGCAAACAGCUGGUGCAGACCAGCCACAGGCCCGUACCCAGGCUGCCGCCGGGUCCCCUCAGCAUGCCACACGUCUGCCCACAUCGUCAUCACCUCCACACCGUGCAGGGCCUGGCUUCACUCUCUGGCCCCUGCUGCUCCCGCUGCAGCCAGAAGAAGUGGCCUGAGGUGCUGCUGUCCCCUGAGGCCGCAGCUGCCACUACUCCUACUCCCAGACUCCUGCCCAACCCGGCCAGGGCUCCCAAGGCUGGGGCCAAGGCAGGACGCCAGGGCGAGAUCACCAUCUUGUCUGUGGGCAGGUUCCGAGUGGCCCGAAUUCCUGAGCAACGGUCAAGUUCAGCGGCCUCUGAAGUGAAGAUUGUCACAGAGGCUGGGCCCUCAGGGGGUGCUCUCCCUGGCUCCCCACAACCUGGCCUCCCCACUGAGCAGCAGGCACUGCUGGGAAGUGGCGGAAGCCAUACUAAGUGGCUGAAGCCCCCAGCAGAGAACAAGGCUGAGGAGAACCGCUAUGUGGUCCGGCUAAAUGAGAGCAACCUGGUCAUCUGAUGGUCUGUCUCAUCUGAGAACAUGGCAGCCCUGCCCUGGGAGGUUCCGAAGGCUUCCUGGAGGAGGUAGAGCUGCAGCUGGGCGUGUGAGGACCAAGAAGCAAUGGCCCAGCAGACAGAACAGCAAAGGCCAAGGCCUGGAGGUGGGAGCGUCCGCCCCAGUGAGGAGGCAGGCCAGCUGGCGGGUGCUGUGUGCAGGAGCAGGUUGAGAGCCCCUCCCCUGUCCCUGCCACCCAGUUUUUUCUCUGAAGGAUGCCCUGUGCCCUAGCCUGGCCAGAUCCUGGGACCCUGCAGGAUCCUCUGUACCACUAAGUGGCAAGGCCUUGGCCUGGUGGGGAGGGGCCCUCUGCCUGGCGCUCCUGGCCCCACACCUUGGUAAUUAGCUGCCCUUGCCUCUGUACGGGGCCCUAGUACGGACCUCUCCCGCCUCUUCUAGUGGGCCCUGUAAAGGGAAGGAGCAACAAAAAGCCAUGGGCUGGAGACUUGAGUUCCCAGGCUCUACCCAUGGGCAAGUCCCUGGCCAUCACCUGGUUAUAAUUCUUCUGACCAUGAAGUGGGAAAAGAAAGGCAUCUCAGGGCUCAGGGCUUCUCCAGUUACUUGGCAGGUUCUGGCCCGGGUCAUGUGAGGGGAGAGCCUGACUCCUUGCCACCCCUCCCAUUAGUAGCUUUAUCUGGCCCCAUUUUUGCGGCUUCUAAGGCCUCUGCCUUCAGGCCCCCAUGGGGCGGCCCAUCCCUGGCUCUGUCUAUAAGAAGGGGCUUAAUGCAUGUAUCUGCUCCCCACCCUGCUGUUUUUAUUGAAAUUGGUACCACAGUCUUGACCUGGGCAGGGCUGUAGUACAAGGUGCCAGCCUGCAUAGCCACCCCAAGAUCUCAGGAGCUUUUGGGGAGAGGCGUGGGUGAGGGGCUGGUAAGGUGCCCCUGGCCUCAGUGGUUUGUGUGUCCCUGUGGUGUUGGUGUCUGUCCCCCAGCCUGGGCAGUGCGGGCGACUGCCCAGCCCAGUCCCUAUGUCCACUCUGGCUCAGCAACCUGGUUAUUUAUGUGGGGCCGUGCAGGCAUGGGCCCCACUGCCAUCCCUGUUUCUCUUAUUUAUUGAAACUUUGCUGUUGUCCUGUCUUUGUCUCUAUUCCCAUCCAUUUAUUGGAUAAUAAAAGGUGGGAAAGUCGUGUCA